GCAGGACAAAGGAUUACUGCUUUAAGAGAGGCUCCUCCCUACUUCAAUAACACCCACCCACUAACCCCUACCACACACACACCCUAGGUGUACAGCAUUUUCUCUUUCAGACUCCCCAGAAGACUAGAGGCUUAAAAACAGAGAGGAAAGGAAGACAAAGAAAAGGCAUCCAUGAUGAGGAGAGUAGCCAUCGUUGGAGCUGGCAUCAGUGGCCUGGCCUCCAUCAGGAGCUGUCUGGAGGAGGGGCUGGAGCCCACCUGCUUUGAAAGGAGUAAUGAAAUCGGGGGCCUGUGGAAAUUCUCUGACCAUACGGAAGAGGGUAGGGCUAGCAUUUAUCGAUCGGUCUUCACCAACUCUUCCAAAGAGAUGAUGUGUUUUCCAGAUUUCCCCUAUCCCGACGACUUCCCCAACUUUAUGCAUAACAGUAAGCUCCAGGAAUACAUCAUUUCAUUUGCCAAGGAAAAGAACCUUCUCAAAUACAUACAAUUUGAGACACUUGUAACCAGUAUAAAGAAAUGUCCUGAUUUCUCAACUACUGGCAAGUGGGAAGUUACCACUGACAAGAACGGGAGGAAGGAAACGGCUGUCUUUGAUGCUGUAAUGAUUUGUUCUGGGCACCAUGUAUAUCCCCAUCUACCAAAAGACUCGUUUACAGGACUGAGCCGUUUUAAAGGCCAAUGCCUCCACAGCAGAGACUAUAAGGAGCCAGGUAUAUGGAAAGGAAAACGAGUCCUGGUGAUUGGCCUGGGGAACUCAGGCUGUGACAUUGCUGCAGAACUCAGCCACAUAGCUCAACAGGUCACCGUUAGCUCCAGAAGUGGAUCUUGGGUGAUGAGCCGGGUCUGGGACCACGGCUAUCCUUGGGACAUGGUGGUGAUCACACGGUUUCAGACUUUCCUCAAGAACAACUUACCCACAGCCAUCUCCGACUGGUGGUACACAAGGCAGAUGAAUGCAAGAUUCAAGCAUGAGAAUUAUGGCUUGAUGCCUUUAAAUGGAACCCUCAGGAAGGAGCCCGUGUUCAAUGAUGAGCUCCCAGCCCGCAUCCUGUGUGGCACUGUGACUAUCAAGCCUAACGUGAAGGAGUUCACGGAGACCUCUGCCGUGUUUGAGGACGGAACUGUGUUUGAGGCCAUUGACUGUGUCAUCUUCGCAACAGGCUAUGGUUAUGCGUACCCCUUCCUGGACGACUCCAUCAUCAAAAGCAGAAACAAUGAGGUCACCUUGUUCAAAGGCAUCUUCCCUCCUCAGCUGGAGAAGCCAACCAUGGCGGUGAUUGGCCUCGUCCAGUCCCUCGGCGCAGCUAUUCCCACAACUGACCUGCAGGCUCGCUGGGCAGCACAAGUAAUAAAGGGAACUUGCCUUUUGCCUUCUGUAAAUGACAUGAUGGAUGAUAUUGAUGAGAAAAUGGGGAAAAAACUGAAAUGGUUUGGCAACAGCACAACCAUCCAGACAGACUACAUUGUUUACAUGGAUGAACUGGCUUCCUUUAUUGGAGCAAAACCCAAUAUCCUAUGGCUGUUUCUCAAGGAUCCCAGGUUGGCCGUAGAAGUGUUCUUUGGCCCUUGCAGUCCCUACCAGUUCCGGUUGGUAGGCCCAGGGAAGUGGUCAGGAGCCAGGGACGCCAUCCUAACGCAGUGGGACCGGUCACUGAAGCCUUUGAAGACGCGCGUCGUUGGUGGUGUUCGCAAGCCUUGCUUAUACUCCCAUUUGCUGGGUCUCCUCGCUCUUCCUAUUCUCCUCAUUGCUCUUUUCCUUGUGUGGAUCUGAUCUUGAUUCCCUCUAGAAUGUCUGAGAGUCAUUAACAAUAGCCAGACAGAACUUUGCUAUUUAAAAAUU